AGCCUUCUGGCUCAGAAGUUGGAUCGAUUCAACCGUGCCGGCCCAAUGCGCGCCCAAGGUCUCGUAUUCAGAAUGCUGGUGAUGUUGUUGUCUCUACUGGUUGGUAGUAGCAGCGGCACUUGGUGUUCACUAUCCGACGGCCUGCAACGACGAGCUGAGGAGCUAAAACUUUGCCCUGCACCGUUAGAUGGCGCUGGCUGGGCUUGGCCGCGGAACGAUCCCUCGGAUUGCGCAACAAACAGCACAGGUCUGUGGAGAGUCCUGAUGGUUCGGCACGCUGAGAGCAUCGCGAACAAGUUGGCUGCAGACUUCAUUGCGUCGUGUACAACGAGCAAGGGCCUCGCGGGCUGCAAUCACAGCUACGAUGUCCGGGAUUCUGGGCGAGGGAAAGACGUAGGGCUUAGGGGCUGGACGGGGGGGAGGCGCGCUACGAACUCUGGGGCUCGCAUGCUCCUAACCUUCUCCUCCACGCACGUCUAAGUCUAGGGGCCACUCUUCCCUUACCCCUCCUCCGUUCCUGCCUUUCCCGCUCACGCAUCAAGCACUUGUAUUCCCCAGCUCUCAGUCUGACUAACCCUGGUCUUUCAAUCGGCCAAGGAUUCGCCAUUGUCCGCGGACGGGAUGCAGGAUGCUGAGGAGCAAGGGCGGAGCCAGGCAUUGGCGUCAUUGGGCGCCCCAGACGUCGUCUUCAUCUCGCCGAUGUUGAGGACCAUACAGACAGCGAUGGGCGUAAUACCAAAGCCUUGGCUGCAGACCAGCACGCCGCCGAAGCUCUACUUCAUGCCCUUGCUGCAGGAGUGCUCUGAUAUAAGUGGUUCCAAAAUAGGAGGGGGCACGUGGUCGCAGCAGAUUCACCAGGAUUGGGGCCAUCCCCCGAGUACUUGGUUCAACUCAUCUUGUCCUCCGCAGCGGGGCGGAGGCUCACUAGAUUACAACAACACUCGGGCUACUUGCCUCGGCUACAAAAGCGUGAAGAAUUGGGUGAAAGCCUACGUCGAGAGCUCCAGCGGCGGGUAUCGCGGCUUCUUCAGUAAAGCUUGGUACGAUUUUUGGGAAGCAAAGGAGGUGUCCAAUUGGUCUCCUGAUGCGGAAACGUGCAGACAGAAUGCCCAGGCCAUGUGGAGCCUGCUCAACUCCGAGUUCAACCAGUCAAGGGUCAUGAUUGUAUCGCACCACCAGUUCCUGAAAAACAUGAUUUCGUGGCCUCUGGACGUUGCUGCGCCUGACCCCUUCAGCGGGCACGCGCCGCCGAGCUUCGUGUGCAGCCAGGGCCGGGGCACCGGCGCAGUUACAGCCUCACUCUCGUCGGACCGUUUUGCAAACCACGGCGUGCCGCUCGCUCCCGAGGCUGCCUUCGCGAGGGUGGACACGAGGGAGAUCAUGGUCGCUGCUGCGGAUCAUGCUGGCCGCUUUUCUCGGCUGCCGCCUCGCCCUCGCGCUCCGUGAGGCCAGGAGGUGGCCCCGCAACGGCGUGUGCAGCUCGCUUCUUGCCAACGGCGGGCUGCGCUCGGAGGAGCACUGAGGCACCGCACCGGCAGUGCAUUGUCGUGGCCUGGUCAGGGGCACCGCCACCGCUCAGAUCACUCCUGCCAUGCUGGUGGGUGCCUUCGCAGUUUUUGUUCGAAGGUGCAGCCAAGCGCAGCGUCCAAUGCCCUUCAGUGCCUCCCUACUUCCUUCAUGCUUGCCUCAUUCUCCUUUCCUGCACAGAGCGCCUCGAGUGAAGUCCAUCUUC